GUAUCGAUCAUCAUUCAAUCGACACUGUCUCUUCGUGUGUUUGUCUCUGUGUGUGUGUGUGUGUCCAUUUUAAAUUUUUGAAGAAAAAAAAACUUGAUAACCUUGAUAAUUUGUUCUUCCUUGCAGGAAUCUGAAUAUAUUUUUUUUCAUCUAAAUAAAAAAAAAACAUAGAAAAAAUGGAAAUUAGUAAAUCUGAUAUUGGCGAUAUUUUGAUCGAAGGUAAAACAAAACAAGUUUAUUCAUUUAAAUCAUCCAACGCAAAACAUCGUAAUCACGUUUAUAUAUUGAGCAAGGAUCGUAUCACUGCAGGUGAUGGUGCAAAAUCACAUACAUUAGUUGGAAAAUCAAUUCUUUCUACACAAACUAAUUGUGCUAUAUUUGAAUAUUUAAAUGCCAUCGGUAUACGUACACAUUUUGUAUCAAGAGUUGCGGAAUCAAAUCCCGAUUCAAAACGUUCAUUUAUUGCUAAACGUUGUUCAAUGAUACCGAUUGAAUGGGUUUGUCGUCGUAUUGCAACCGGUUCAUUUCUUCGUAGACAUCCACAUGUUCCAGAAGGUUAUCGAUUUGCACCAUUAAAAUUGGAAACAUUUUACAAAGAUGAUGCUAAUCAUGAUCCAUUCUGGUCGGAAGAAACAUUGAUUGGUGCAAAAUUAAAUAUUGGUGAUAUGAUUAUUACCGCUGACCAUGUCCAGGAAAUGUAUCGUGUAACGAAUUUAGUUUUCGAAGUACUUGAACGAGCUUGGCAAACGGUUAAUCAUUCAUUGAUUGAUAUGAAAAUUGAAUUUGGUGUAUAUGAAGAGAAUGGUAUCAAACAGAUUGUCGUUGCUGAUGUAAUCGAUAAUGAUUCAUGGCGUUUAUGGCCAAAUGGUGAAAAACGUUUAAUGUUAGACAAACAAGUUUAUCGUAACAUGGACAAUUCAAAGAUCGAUGAAGAUGCAUUGAAUUUAGUGAAAGCUAAUUUUGAAAUUGUUGCCGAACGUACACAAAAAUUAUUCAAUUCAUUGAUACCUACAAAACCGGAUAUGUCAAAAAUUGAAGGUGUUGUAGCACCAACUGUUGCUAUUGUUGUUGGAUCACCAUCCGAUAAAGAAUAUGCAAUGAAAAUUAAAGAUACAUUGAUGAAUCGAUAUAAAAUCUAUGUUGUUGAUGUACAUGUUGCAUCGGCACAUAAAUCCACACAGAAAACAUUGGAAAUGGCAGCCAAAAUUCAACAAUGGCCAUCUUGUAAAGUUGUUGUUGCUAUUGCCGGUAUGAGUAAUGGUCUUGGUCCGGUAUUGGCAGCUAAUCUUCCAAUUCCAGUGAUUAGCACACCACCCACAACAGAUGUUUCAAUAUUACAAGCCGAUAUUUGGUCUUCAUUACGUAUACCAUCGGGUAUGAGUACUGGAACCGUAAUCGGUGCUGACAAUGCUGCUAUAAUGUGUGCAAAUAUUGUCGGUACAAGCGAUGCAUUUGUUUGGUCUACAAUUCGUACAUUUCAAACCUAUCAGGUGGUUCGAUUGAUUCAUUCGAAAAUCUAAAUGAAACAAAAAACCGAAAACAUGAAAUUGGAAAUUUUUUUUUCUGUUUUUAUUGAAAAAUUUCAUUUUAAAAUGAAUGACUUGUUGUCUAUUGUUUUUGAUGCUUUCAAAUAAUGAUAACCGAAAUAAAAUAACCAGAAGAUAUCUGAAUACUCA